CACGGCGUCGACUACCUGCUGGAUCGGCGCCACCUGUGGAUCCGUUCGGAACGGCAACACGCCAUUCUCCGGAUCCGGCAUACCGUGAUCAACGCCGUCCGCGAUUUCUUCAAUUCGCGGGGUUUCAUCCUGGCCGACACGCCGAUCUUCACGCCGGCCGCCUGCGAAGGCACGACGACCCUGUUUCCCGUGUCCUACUUCGAUCACGGCACUGCGUAUCUGACCCAGAGCGGCCAACUUUACAACGAGGCGAACGCGAUGGCGCUCGGCCGCGUGUACUGCUUCGGUCCCACGUUCCGCGCAGAAAAGUCGAAAACACGCCGGCACUUGACCGAGUUCUGGAUGGUCGAGCCCGAGAUGGCGUACGCGACGCUCGACGACGCAAUCGAGCUGGCGGAAUCGUUGAUCUCCUCAGUCGUUGCGCGUGCCCUUGACGAACGCGUCCGCGAACUCGACACGCUCGAACGGAACCGCGGGCCGCUCGAAGGCGUCUGCACCCCGUUUCCACGCAUCACCUACGACCAGGCGGUCCAAAUCCUGAACGACCACGGUCUUCCCUUCCAACAUGGGGAUGACUUCGGCGGCCCGGCUGAGACAUUGCUCGCCGAGCAGUUCGAUCGCCCCGUCGCCGUGCAUCGCUUUCCGGCCUCGGCGAAGGCGUUCUACAUGAAGCCGGACCCCGACCAUGCCGAACUCUCGCUUUCUGUCGACAUCCUCGCCCCGGAAGGAUACGGAGAGAUCGUCGGCGGGGGACAGCGGCUCGACGAUCUCGAUCUGUUGCUGCAACGGAUCACCGAGCAUGACCUGCCGCAAGAGGCAUUCGAAUGGUAUCUGGACCUCCGCCGCUACGGGAGUGUGCCGCACGCCGGGUUCGGAAUGGGCAUCGAACGGGUGGUCGCCUGGAUCUGCGGUCUGGAUCAUGUCCGCGAGACAAUUCCAUACCCCCGCAUGCUCUACCGGUUGACGCCCUAG